AUGAAUAACAAUUCUCCCCCUCUGAUCUCACCUUAUAUACAACGAAAAAAUUCUGCCACUGGUGGGACUAAAGCUUCAAGACGUCCAAAAGCCGCAAAAUCACAUACAGCGCCUCCAGCCGCAAGUGGUCGAGUUACCAAACGUAAUAGUGUUAGUAAUGCUACGAAAACUGGAAAAGACGAAAGUUCCACACGAGGCGCUGGCAGAAGUGGUAGAGGUGGUAGAGGCGGUAGUACCCGCGGCCGUAAACCAAGUUUACAACGUCAGCAAUCUUCUGGGGCUCUUAUGUUAGAACAUUUAGAGGGCACUGGUGCUCAUUCAACCACAACAAAUCCUACUUCAAAUAUUAAUCCCUCGACGCUUAGAGAUUUCGCUCCACAGACACCUGGCGAAGAAAUAGAUCAAUAUAUUAGACGGGAUGAAGAAAUAACCGAUACUGAUUUUGAGAAAUCAAAUAAAGAUGUGAAGCCUAUAUUAAUGAAUCAAUGUUGUUCAAGUAUGUUACUAAAAGCUUUCUCGAAAGAGCAAACUGAACGAUUUGAAGUGUAUAGGCGUUCGGCUUUGAGCAAACCAAAUAUCAAAAAGUUGGUAAGUGGUAUUUUAGGACAACCAUGUUCAAAUAAUAUUUCAAUUGUAGUAGCCGGAUUCUCCAAGAUCUUUAUCGGAGAAAUCGUUGAGAAAGCACUGGACAUUAAAAAAGAGUGGGGUUCAGAAGGACCAUUGUCGCCUGAUCAUAUACGAGAAGCGUUUAGACGAUAUAAACAGGAAACUGGAUUUACUA